UUUUCAAUCCUAAAAUAAAAAUUACAUUCGUAAGUGUGAACAAAUGUAUUGGCUUUAAAUAUUAAUAUAAAAUUUAGCAAGAUUGCUAACAAAGGCACAUCAUAUAGGAGUUUAACAAAAAUAACAUAGGACUCUAUUAAUAUCCGCCAGUCUACGUCUUCAGCAUGGUGCUUACAGAGCGUGCGUGUAGAGCUUAUCAAAGAGAGUACAGUUUAUUAUUUAGUAAUGACGGAAGAGGACGCAUUCCCGCCGAUUAUUAGGCUCCAGGCUGAUGAUACAACCGCAUUUCUCCGCGCUGCCCGAUCCGGCAACCUUGAAAGAGUGGUCGAAUUUCUCGAUACCGAUUUAGAUAUUAAUACAGCUAAUUCGAACGGUUUAAAUGCCUUGCAUUUAGCUUCGAAAGAUGGCCACGUCGAGAUAGUAACCGAAUUAUUAAAGAGGGGUGCGAAGGUGGACGCGGCAACGAAAAAGGGAAAUACCGCUCUGCACAUAGCUUCGUUAGCUGGCCAGUCCGAAAUAGUCAAUAUACUUAUUCAAUACGGUGCCGCGGUCAACAUCCAGUCGCAAAAUGGAUUCACUCCUUUGUACAUGGCUGCACAGGAGAAUCACGACCAGGUCGUCAAGCUUCUGCUCAACAAUGGAGCCAAUCAAAGUCUCGCGACUGAGGAUGGCUUUACACCUCUUGCUGUGGCGAUGCAGCAAGGUCACGACAAGGUGGUCAGCGUGCUUUUGGAAAACGACUCCAAAGGCAAGGUCAGACUACCGGCUCUUCAUAUCGCUGCUAAGAAAGACGAUUGCAAAGCCGCCGACUUGCUCUUGCAGAACGACCAUAAGCCCGACGUGACAUCGAAGAGUGGCUUCACCCCUCUUCACAUCGCCGCUCAUUAUGGUAACGAGGAAAUAGCGCGGUUAUUAAUAAAACGAGGAGCCGAUGUAAAUUACUUAGCUAAGCAUAAUAUAAGUCCGUUACACGUGGCGGCAAAGUGGGGCAAGAACAAUAUGGUUAAGAUACUGUUGGAGAAUUCGGCGCAAAUCGACGCUAAGACCAGAGAUGGCUUGACUCCGCUUCACUGUGCAGCGCGAUCAGGACACGAGCAGGUUGUCAGCACGUUACUUGAGAAUUCAGCACCAAUCAGUGCACGAACCAAGAACGGGCUCGCACCUUUACACAUGGCGUCUCAAGGAGAUCACGUGGACGCUGCAAGGGUGCUGCUGUAUCAUCGUGCUCCAGUGGACGAGGUAACCAUCGACUAUCUGACCUCGCUCCACGUUGCCGCGCACUGCGGCCACGUCAGGGUCGCCAAGUUGCUGCUCGAUCGAAAGGCCGAUCCAAAUGCUAGGGCUCUGAACGGCUUCACGCCUCUCCAUAUUGCUUGCAAGAAGAAUCGCAUCAAGGUCGUGGAACUUCUGCUGAAGCACGGGGCGUCCAUCGAGUCGACCACCGAGUCCGGACUGACUCCAUUACAUGUGGCCAGUUUUAUGGGGUGUAUGAAUAUCGUGAUAUUCCUACUGCAGCAUGAAGCCAAUCCCGACGUGCCAACUGUCAGGGGCGAAACACCCCUGCAUCUGGCAGCUAGAGCUAAUCAAACAGACAUUAUUCGAAUUUUGCUAAGAAAUGGUGCCAAAGUCGAUGCUCGUGCAAGGGAGCAGCAGACGCCGCUUCAUAUCGCGUCCCGAUUAGGGAAUAUCGACAUUGUUAUGCUGCUGCUGCAACACGGUGCGGCUGUGGACACCGCUACGAAAGAUAUGUACACGGCGCUUCAUAUCGCGGCGAAGGAGGGUCAAGAGGAGGUGGCGGCGAUUCUCGUGGAAAACAAUGCCUCUCUCAAGGCUGCAACGAAAAAUGGCUUCACACCUUUACAUAUCGCGGCUAAAUAUGGAAAUAUGAACGUCGCAAAUAUACUUUUGCAAAAACAAAGUAAACUUGAUGUCCAAGGAAAGAACGAUAUCACACCUUUGCAUUUGGCGUGCCAUUACGAUCAUCCUAACGUUGCGAAUCUCUUGUUAGAAAAGGGAGCGUCAUCCCACCUUGCCUCGCAAAAUGGACACACUCCGUUACAUAUCGCCGCUCGUAAGAAUCAGAUGGAUAUUGCUUCCACUCUCUUGGAAAAUGGUGCGGACGCGAACGCGGAAUCCAAAGCGGGUUUCACUCCGUUGCACCUGAGCGCGCAAAAGGGCCAUUAUGAUAUGACGAAUUUGCUAAUUGAACACGGCGCCGAUCCCAAUCACAAAGCCAAGAACGGCCUCACGGCGUUGCAUCUAUGCGCGCAAGAGGAUUUCAUCAGGGUGGCUUCUAUUCUGGUGAAGAACGGAGCCAACGUCGAGAGCCAGACAGAGACUGGUUACAGACCGAUACACGUGGCCGCGCACUUCGGGAAUCUCUCGAUGAUACGCUUUCUCCUGAAACAUAACGCAGAGAUAGAUGUCAGAACUAAUCAGAAUUACACUUCGCUUCAUCAGGCUGCUCAACAGGGUCAUGCUCAUAUCGUCUCUGCUUUGUUGGAGGGAAAUGCUUCGCAUAAAGCGUGCACUAAUGAUGGUUUAACGGCGCUGAAUAUAGCACAAAAAUUAGGAUAUAUUUCUGUGAUGGAAGUGCUAAAAGGAUUGCCUUACGACAGUGCAACUCCGGAUAAUAAAAACUGGGAAGAGAAGUACAAGGUAAUAGCUCCCGAAAGCUUGCAGGAGACUAGUUUUAUGUCCGAUUCGGAUGACGAGGGAGGUUCUGACGCGUUGAUUAGCGAGCAGCCUUAUCGAUAUCUCACGGCGGACCUGAUGAAGAGUCUAAGGGAUGAUUCCUUGCCUAUUGACGUUACUAGGGAUGAUCCAGUACACAGACCAGUUACUAAGGAAGAGAAGCAACAAUUCGCGCAAAGCAAUAAUUACUGUUUAGCAGAAAAUUUUGAUAGUACCGAUGGUGUCAAUCUUGGAAAGCUGCAUUUCAGAUCAUUUUUAAUAAGUUUUCUGGUGGACGCACGUGGCGGUACCAUGAAAGGGUGCAGACACAGCGGUGUGCGCAUCAUUAUACCUCCUCGAAGAGCGACGAUGCCGAUUCGCGUAACAUGCAGAUUGUUAAAACUAAAUAAGGUAGCGAAUCCACCUCCUUUGAUGGAAGGCGAGGCGCUUGCUACGCGAAUUAUCGAGAUGGGUCCGGUGGGGGCAAGAUUCUUAGGACCCGUCUUGAUUGACAUACCGAAUUUUGCGUCCGUUCGUGGGAAAGAAAGGGAAAUUAUUAUUCUGCGGAGCGAGAAUGGAGAAACGUGGAAAGAGCACGAUAAUUCUGCGGAUAAUGAUGACACUCUCCUCAAUACGUCUUAUGAUCCUCAAAUGAGCGCCGCACAUUCGGGCAGGAUUACUCGCAUAAUCACUACGGACUUUCCACAAUACUUUGCUAUUGUAACCAGAAUUAAGCAAGAGGUUCACGUUAUCGGUGCCGAGGGUGGUAUUUUGAUAUCUAGCGUGGCGAGCCACGUGCAAGCCGUUUUCCCUGCGGGAGCAUUAACGAAAAAGAUCAAAGUUGGCUUACAGGCGCAUGUUAUUCCUGCUGAACUCACGGCCAAACUACUCGGCAAUUGCGUCGCCGUAUCGCCAGUGAUCACGAUAGAACCCAGAAGGCGCAAGUUCCACAAACCGAUAACCCUUACGAUUCCUGUGCCACAGGCCGCAAAUAAGGGGAUGAUCAAUCAGUAUGGUGGAGAGACUCCUACAUUGCGCCUUUUAUGCAGCAUUGCAGGUGGAACUAACGAGUCUCAAUGGGAAGACGUUACUGGUUCUACGCCGUUAACUUUCAUGAACGAUAAAGUAUCGUUCACCACUACCGUUUCAGCCAGAUUUUGGUUGAUGGACUGCAGAAAUAUCGGCGCGGUACCAAAAAUGGCAACGGAAUUAUAUAUGGAAUCUUUACACGUGCCGUAUAUAACAAAUUUCAUAAUUUAUUCAAAGAGGAUGGACGUGUUGGAAGCCACAUUAAGGAUAUUGUGCAUGACUGACGGCAAGGAAGGCAUGCAUACCUUGGAAAGGCAAGAGGAAUUUACAGAAAUCGUUAAGAGUCGCGACGUUGAGGCACUCGACGGAAAAGAUCUUUAUAUCGAGUUUAGUGGGAAUUUAGUGCCAGUAACAAAGUCUGGAGUGCAAUUGAAAUUCACGUUCAAAGCUUUCCGACAGAAUCGAUUAUCGUUCCAUGUUAAAGUAAAGGAUCCAUUACUUGAUCCAGUAGCGAGGAUGUUAUUCAUGAGAGAGCCAAAAGUGGCUAAAGGAGAACCAUCUCAGCAGCCUAUUUGUGUGUUAAAUAUUGUCCUUCCCGAAACUAUUAUUAAAGAUGCGAUGCAGAAGAAGUUAAAAGGUUACGAAGAUUCUAAUAUCAUAAAUCAAAAAUUAGAUUAUUAUAAAUCAAAGUACAAAAUGGAACAAAUGGAGAAAACUGACAAGCCUAAAGAAACAUCGCCAUCGGAAAAGAAAUUCAUAACCGACACCUUACAAAAGGAACAAACAGAUGCCGCUAUCCACGAAUCCUUUGCACAAAAAGCGGCUUGUCCCCUAGAAUCCGUAGAUGCUAGUUAUCCCAAUAAAGUAGGCGCCGGCCAAUCGGAGUCGGACCUAUCGCCCGAACUCGAAAGGCAAACGUACUCGGAGAAGCGCAAGUUCUGGGAGGAUAUUUCGAGGAAGCGCGAAAGUUAUCAGCGCUCCGAAUCCGAGGUCUCGAGGGCCUCCCAACUGACCAUCAACGAGAGCGACAGCGAGUCGUGUCUACCGAACAUCGUCUCCGAGGAGGGUGACGGGACGACGGAGGGUAUCUCGGACGUCAUGAGAUCGGAGACCAUCGAGGACAUCAACCUGCCGGAUAUCUCGGAGUGCUCGGUGGCGGAAAAGGCGCAUUACUUCGAGGAGCAGAUACAGAAGGAGAUGAAGGAGGCGAAGGUCACCCCGAGGUUGCAGCAAGAUUCCGAGAAGGACAAGCUGCCCCUCUUCAGAGGCAAGUCGAUCGAGGAUCAAAAAGAUCGCACGGAGAAAGGUAUGAUGGACGUAACGAAAAGGGACGUCGACAUCGAAGAGAAACACGUAGCGGAAUCGAGGGAGAUUGAAAAGAUUUUGAAAAUUGCUACGGAGGACACCAAAUGGUCGAAAGAGACGAAAGAUAUCGAUAAAAAGGAAAAGGAUACGGAUGAGGGUAAAGACGUGCGUGAGGAAGUUCAGAAGAUGGUAGCUCAGCCAGUGAUGGAGAUUUGCAAAGAGUUACUGAACAAGGAAAGAGAGCUCGCUGAGGAAACGCAAUCGUUGAAAUACGCGGAGGAGGUAUCAUUGAGAACCGAUAAGUCGCAGGACGAGAAAGAAUUAAGCGAAAUAAAGGAAUUGGAAAAACCAGAAGGAGUAAUAGCUAAGACCAUUUCGGCAGACACGAAAACGGAAGAGGCAAAAAUACACCCUGAAGAAAUUGUAAAAGAACACGAAGUAAAAGAAGAUAUUCAGCAGCAAAUUAAGAAAGAAACUAAAGAAGAGAUUACAAAACCGAUAAAGAUGCUCCAGGAAGAAAUUCACAUUUCGGAUACAAAGCCAGAUAUCUCGACGUUUACCGUAGUUACAGAAGAAAUCAAGACACGAGAGAAACCGGAUGUAUCUACGGAAGUCGUACAGUCAAGACCGGAAACGCCACAUAGCAAAGAGAUCGUGAAGGAAAAGAUGUCGGGAAGGAAAAUAAUAACGGAGGAGACAACAAUCAUCUAUACAGUGCAGAAAGACGGGACUCUGGUGCAGGAACAGGUCCUUAAAUCGGUGCAAAUUGAAGGCGCAAACGGCGACAAGUCGGUUACACAAAUCCCGGAAAUUAGUAUGGAAACGAAAAUGUUCGAGAAGAGUUUCCCGGAGGACAUUGAGAAAUUACGAAUGGAAAAGAUCGAGGAAAAACAGGAUAAAAGGUUCGAGGAUAAAUCAUCGCUCAAAGGAGAGGCGUCUGAAAUGUUGCAGAAAGUGGAAGAGAUAAUUGCCAAACAAGUGGCUGACAUUAAUCUCGAGAAAGAGGCGAAGCCCUCUGUUGACACGGAAGUCAAACAAAUAAAGAAAGAGUCUCGCAUCCCGAUUUCGACAUCAAUGGCAGAGAAGGAUAAGAGCCAGAAGGAAGCGAGAGUCAAAAUAGCGGAUAAAGAGGAAAAGAGUCCGGAAAAGGAGGAAAAGGAGAAGGAUAUCGUUUCGCCAUCCGGCAAGAAAAAGGAAUUUGAGUCUCGCAUACCUAAACGCAUCGUAGAAGGAGCAGCGGUGAAGGAAAAGGACGCGAAGAAGGAUUCGCCGGGGCAAAAGGAUGGCGAGACUAUCACAGUUACCGAGAAAACAUCCAGCGAGGAAGUCACUUCGCGACACGAGGAACGCUCGACCACGAAGAGCAAGACGCAGACGUUUUCCAAGACGUUCACCGACGCGCAGGACGCAUUCAAAAUGUUCGAAGAUAUAAGCGCCAUGAAAGACAAAGAUUUCGCUACCGUCACUUCGAAGAUCGACACCAAGGCUACGAGUAAGAUAGAGAAGAAGGAGAUACUUUCGUCGGAGAUCUCGAGUGGAGCGGAUAAAUUUAUAACUCACGAGGAGAAGGAGAAAGUAGAAAGGAAGAAGUCUUCGGAAUCUAAGCUGACUAAAGAGUCACCGGCUGAGACGAUAGAAGAGAAGAAGAGCAAGAGCGAGGAGGUGGACAAAACUGCUAUGCAGAAAAUGUCGAUGAACGUGACAGAAGGUAAAGAAGUGAUAGACGCCAGCGCUUCCGAGUCCAGAGCGGAGAGCAAGAAGGAAGAAUUGUUCAAACUGUUGGAGGAUAAAGAGGGAAUUGCGAUGGAGAAGUCCGGAAGCAGUAGAACCAGAGAAAGCGAUGUGGAUGUGGCAAUCAGAAUUAAAAAGGAUGAUACGAAGGAGGUGGAAAAUAUUAAAGAGUCACCCGAAGCCGCUAAGGACGAAAAAAUAGGAAAGGUUGAAAUGCUCGCGCAAGGACAAUCUUAUAAAGAGAAUUUGGAGAGUUUUAAAGUUGAACAGUUUAUACCUAGUCAAAAGUACAAGUCGGAUUCAACUGAGAAGGCUGACGAAGACGCACAAUUUCAGAGUAAAAAAGUUCCGGGAUCCUUGGAAGAGAGAGAGCAACUGAUCGCUAAAGAAAUGGAAGCGCGAAAUAUAGCGGAAGAUUUGAUACAGUCAAUUGAGAGCGAGAUCGAGAAACGAUCAUCGACGUCGGGAUUAAAGCCUCAGAUGUUGAGUAAAAAAUAUCUCGAUCAACUAAUGACCGAGAGCAUCGAUACCGAUCACGAAAAACUGGCUGACGACUUGACAAGAAAGUUUGAAAGUAUGAUCAAAAAAUCUUUCGACGAACAAUCGGCAGAAAGCAAAGCGGAUCAUCCGAUCGAAGGAACGCUGUCAAAAACAUCUAUACAAGAAGAAACAUUCGAGAAAGAAUCUACCAGAGACAGCAUCAGCUUUAGCGAGGAUAUAACGAAAGAUGAAGAGUCAUCGCAUGAUCGAGAAGAAAGCUUGCCGUCUUCGCAAGCUAAACUCCAAGACAGAGACAUCACUAUGAGUCCCAGCAGUAUAUCCGAGCAGAUUGAACUCGAAGAGACCAUCGAUGUCGAUACCGGAGAACUGGAGGACCUAUCUAAGCCUACAUCCAGUCCACAAUCUGAAAAACUUCGUUCCGAUAGAUCGAGUAGUCAUAUCGAACCGCUUCAGAGAGACAUAUAUAGCGAUACUACUCUUUCGAAAGAUAAGAUGGUGUCGGAAAUCUCGGGCGCUAGAGUAUUGGAGAUCCUGGAGCCGGGCGUAGACAGCCGUCAGGACUCGGUCGACAUGCCAUCUUUAGAACUGGACGAGCACAAGAUAUCCGAACAGACCAGCAAGGAUGUAGCGUCUUUGCACGAGAGCGCGGCGGUGGAUUCUUUGGAGAAGAUUGCCCAGGAAAAGGACGCGACCGUCAGUUCUAGCACAGUGUCCGAAGACGUUAAUGCGGACUAUCCUCCGAGUCACGAGCACGUAUCUUCCACGACUAUUUCGUCGAAAGAGUAUGACGCAGGAGACAGACAUAGAGCGGAUAGUUUCGAGAUUGAGAGUCCGCCGUUGGUCUCCCCGAGGACAAAGCUCGUGCACGACCUGGAGAUCAAGCCGGUCAACUGGAUGAUCGGCGACGAAAAGAUCGAGAUAUCGGAAACUUUGCAACCUUCUCAAGUAUUCAAUCAGGAAUUGGAAGAAUAUGAGACGUCCAUAAGACGUGCUCGCACCUCCUCUCAGGAUGAGUCCGUGGACUUGGAACAAGAAUCCGUGACCAAGUCCUCGGAGGAUAUCAGUGUCAUCGAGUCUGUUAAAGAAUCCGUUACCAGUAGUGAUGUUAACGUGGUCGUCACGACUACUACGACCAAGACUACGAAGUUCACCGUGAUCCCGGUGGCCGAACCGGUGAUCGAGCCAAUAGUUGAACCGGUGAUCGAGCCAGUGGUCGAACCAGUGAUCGAGCCAGUGGUCAAACCGGUGAUCGAGCCAGUGGUGGAACCAGUAAUCGAGCCAGUGGUCAAACCGGUGAUCGAGCCAGUGGUCAAACCGGUGAUCGAGCCAGUGGUUGAAUCGGUGAUCGAGCCAGUGGUUGAACCAGUGAUCAAGCCAGUGGUCGAACUGGUGAUCGAGCCAGUGGUUGAACCGGUGAUCGAGCCAGUGAUCGAACCGGUGAUCGAGCCAGUGAUCGAAUCAGUAACCGAGCCAGAUUUCGACAACGAACUGAUAGAAGAUAAAUUAGAUGUUACUUGUCAAGAGUUGGUGGAUACCCUGCAACGAGAAUACGAUGCUAAAACGCCGACAGAGGAAGAUGCGGUCGGUUUACGUCAAUCCAUAUCUCGCGAGGAUUUUGAUCUGGAAACGAGUAUUACCGAAGCUGUCACGGAAGAGAUACCUAUGAAAGAAGAGGAAGCAAAAGACUUAACUGAAUAUAUAUCUGCGAAAAUUGCGGAGAUUAAACUUCAGGAGGCAGAUACAGAGCUUUCUCAACAAGAGAUUUCUGCAGUGCAGGUAGAAACUGAAUUGGAAGACACUAGUAAAGCGUCUCCGAUAAAGAAAGAAAUAGAAGAUUCCACGCAUAUGGCAGCCGAAGAAGCGCAAAAGGACAUCGAGUCUGCGGAUGAAAAAAUAGAGAAAGCAGAAGUCAAAGAAGAGAUAAAAACAACUGUCGAAGCUGAGAAAGAUUCUAAAAAACAGGAAGUAUCAAAAUGUGCGAGAGUUGACGACGUGCUGAAAGAAUGGACGGAGACUUAUCUGACGAAAAUUAAACCUCCUAGCGAGGAAUAUAAACGACACAUGGAAAAGACUACUGAUAAGCAUGAUAAAUCCAGCAAAUCGACGGCGCCUCCCUCCGAUACUUGUGCCUUGAAAAUAAAGAAAGACGAUCUACAGAGCGUCGAUCUGAGCGCGCGGUACGCGAUUACGGUCUUGGAUCAAGUGGUGAAGAAAGAAAUCGCCGAGGUAAAGGAGUCCUUGGAAGCGGCUAGACAAGAUUUGAUAGAGGAGCUGAGUGAAAACAGUCAGACUGUGAUUCAGAUAAAAGAUUCGCCCUCAGAAUUUCAGUUCAAACUCCAGCCGGAAUCAAUUCCGAAUGAUUUACCGUUUUUGUACAAACCACCGUCCAUUGAACACGUUCCUGCGGAGGUUGAACCGGAAGCCGAGAUGAAACUCCCGACUGAACCUACAACGCAAAGUGAAUUGCCGGUCGCAAGAACUCAAGAACUCGAGGAGGUAAAACAGGAAGAAGCAAGAGACACUAUCGACGAUAAGUCCAUCGUUCAAGCAGCCGCAGUCACUGAGGACAAAUCAAUCACUGUGGUCCAAGCAUCUGAAAUCGAUACUGAAAAGCGAGAAGAAAAGGAGACCGUACUAACCCUUCAAGACGAUCAACAGGAGGAUGAAGACGAGGGUCGUCCUAGUCCCCUUCCCAUUAGUAGAUCAUCAGACAUUAGUUCGGACAUCGAUAACAGAGAUGACAGCUAUUCUUUGGCGCCGCCUCAUCCGGUACCCAGAAGACGUCACAAGCCGAGCAGAAUAUCGAAGAGAGUGAAAACUUCUGAGAGCGAGGCUGAUGUCGGUUCAAGUUCCGGCGAAAGCAACUAUCAGUCCUGUGAAUACGAGAGCGGAAGUAGACCUAGUUCGUCCGACGUCGAAGCGAUGCAAUCUGCAGCGGGCGGGGUGCAAUCUGGGACCGCUUCGGAAUACGAGACGGCGAUGAUGUCGGUCGAACACGAAGGCUCAAAGACGUUGCCGACGUCACAAGAGUACCAGACUGCGGUGAGUUCAUUGAGUUCCCGCGAAUCUAUGAAGUCCUUGAAUUCCCUUAGCUCAGGUCAUCUCGGCAGUAUCGAUAGCACUAGCGAGCUGUCAGAAACUCUGGUACCAUCCGAGGAAGCUGACGACGAUGAGGAUGAGAUAGACGAGAACCUGGAGAGUGCACUGGACGCGGAGCAGGAGUUGGUCGAGGCGUCAGAUUCCUCCGGGAGCGAAGAGAUACCAAUGGACGAAACUAUGGAUAAGAUCGACAGUCAUAUACCUUGUCGCAUGAAGCGCUCGUCCGAGAUGAUCUUCCAACAGAUCAUGGACGACAACGUCAGUCUGGAAGCGGAGUCCAUGGACGACGUAUUGGAAGAGAAUCAGGCUAAAGUUGCGGAUUCGGCCACAUCUACCUCUAUGGAAGCGCCUGGUGCUCUUCAGUCGGUUGACAUAAUGACGUCACGAGUGUCCGAGGACGGGAUUCAAAGCGUAUGCACGCAGGUAAUCUCGACGCGAGUCACCAGGCCCAGUGAUAGCGAGGAGCUCGAGGAAGAUUUGGAAGAGGCGGAAGGUCUGGAAGAAGAGAAAGACGCCGAGACAACGGAUGCGGAACAGAGAUUGGACGUGGAAACUGCCGGGGAUGAAGGUCUCGAGCCGGUGAUGACAACAUCCGUCCACUCGAUGCUACAGCAGGCCAGCAUGUCUCUAUCCUCGGCAUCGGGAAUGUCCUUUGACACAGUCGUAGAGAAGGACAGGUCCGAUCGUCACUCGCCCGACAGCGAUUCCUUCGAGCUUGUAGACAAGCCCGACAUCAUCGACGAUUUCGUGGUAAUCGAGGAAGUCGGACGGGAGGCCGAGGAAUUCGACUCCGAGGGCAAGAGUAUUCGCAUUAGCUCGAUACCUCAAACGUCCGGUAAGCAGUACGACCGUGAUCUGGAAAAUCUGAUGACGGAGAACAAAGAGGAGCAAGUGUCGACGAGUCAGGCCUCCAAGAACAACGAUCUCUUCGACUUCGACACCGAGGAGAGCCCGCCUCAGGCGUCGAACGACGACCAAUCCCAGUCCUAUUCCGACGAGGAGCCGUACGAGGGCAAGAAGUGGAUAGAGAUGCAAUUCCAGGCGGACGCGCGAGUCUACGACAUCGAGUACGAUCGCGGGCCGCUCGAGGAUAUCAAGGAGGAAGAGGUCACGGAUUUCGAGGCCGGCAGCAGCAGGAUAGGCAGCUUGGGCAGCCACAAGGAGUCUAUAGGCAGCGUGGGAAGUAUGCGCGGCAGUUUCGGCAGCACGCCGGAUUACGACGUCCUCGGGAAGAGGUACUUCAACAAGUCCACGGAUCACGACACCGUGUCCUUGACCUCCCUGCAGGAAUUCGAGAACUUGGAGAGCACCGUGGCGGCCGAGAACUCGCGGAGAUUGCAAUGCGGCUCGCAGGAUUCCGUCAACAACGGCAGCCUCCCGAGGAGAUACAUGACCGGUCGCUCGGGUCACGGCGACGACAUCUCGUUGUCGUCGUUGAAGGACUUCGAGGGCCUCGAGAAAGCCUGCCGGGAGGCCCACCUGAUGGAAUUGCGGGCCCGCGAGGAGGAGGAACUGCUGGAGCACGAGAGUCCGGAAAACAAGUACAAAAUGGAGAACCUGCCGCGUUCGAGGACGGAUACCAGUGCAACCGGUUCGUUCAAUCCUAGCACUUCCGGAUCGGACGAUUACGAGAAGAGGAUAAAGGAGAUCGACGAGAUAAUACGGAUCGCGCAGUCCAACGUGGAGAAGCUCGAUCGGCAGGACGACACCACGGAGGACAUCUCGCAGAUCGAGAUCACCGAUGCCGAGAGAGUCAUCGGGGUCCAACCGGUUCCGGAAACACUUCCGGAGGAGACGGAAGAAUUCGAAGAGGCCCGAGCGAUUCAGAGGGAGAGCAAUGUCAUGGAGACCAGUACGGAUUCCUUAGAGUUGGAGGAGAACGCGGAGAAGAAGCAUCCGUUGUGUCGAAGCUCCGACUCUCUCGAGAUGAAGACGACCUUGGACUUUCCGUCCCUGAGCUCGGACUCGUUGAACAACGUUGCGAAGGACCCGAAGGAAACGCCGUCGGACGUUCCCGGGCAAUUCGCCGGAAGCGCGAGACGCAUCUCCUCGGAUUCCCUUGAAAUGCCUUUGUUGGAGCAACAAGAUGUCGGAGUGUCUGAAAGAAGCAGCGACAGUAACGGCCAUCGCGUGGACGAAGAAUCGGUGGUCGACAGCUCUGUCAGACAAGCACUUUCGACGGAGACUGACGCUAGAAAUGGCAAAACGAAAACAUUACCAAGUAGCGAUACAUAGGAUAAUUCUCGUAGAUAGUGGACCAUCAAGAAGGACUUUUACCACGACUUCAUGAAUAUAUUAUCGAAUAACUCGAAAAGCUUUACAUGUAAAACAUGAUAUUAAAUAUUGUAUAAUGUACUAAAGAACUUGUGCAUUGUGGAUAUACAAGAAUACCAUUGCAUUUGUCUUUGUUUUACGCGAUGUCUUCUAAAAAACAAUUUAUAUUAUGCUUAAAUUAAAAAAAAAAAGAUAGUUACUAUCUUCAAGAUAUAAUAUUGUUGCGCGCGCGGGAUAAGAAAGCGGAGUGGAUCGGCUUGCUUGUUUUUCAUUAUUAAAUUUGAACGGACGUUUGUUGUAAGAAUUUUUGCUAUUUAUAAGAAAAUGCGAACUAUCUCUUGCUUAACUAUUUUCGAAAACUUUAUCGCAGAUGAAUUGAGUUGCAUUUAUUGAACGUAUAUUUUCAAGUGCUACUUACAUGUUCUACAUUAUAACGCGUACCACACUGUACUAUUGUAUAACGUGUUUUAUAACGUAUUUUGAUUACGAGAUGUCUUUGUGGGGAUGCGCUUUUUCGUAAAAUUUUAUAAUAUAUUUCAUGUACUCUCUUUGUAAUGAUUUCAAACGACAUUUGCGAAAUUCAAAAAUACAAUAAUAAUGCUAGCUGUAGCGCAUGUUUACAUAAAGGAGAACAGAUACAUAUAUUAUAUCUAAAUAGAAAAUUUUAUAUGCGAAUAUAAUAUUUAGGACACAUGUAACAUUACGGAAAGCAGCAAAAGAUAUAUAUACAUUUCUAUUUAAACGACUCAAUAAUUGUUUUAUAAGUUAUUACAUUUGUUUUUUUUAAUAUACAUAUAAAUGCAGAAUUACAAUGUUAUCAAUUAUGUUUACACAUGUAAUGUAUAUUAUUACGAGUUAAUAAUGUCAUUUGAAAAAAGAUUGUUUCCUUAUAACGAUGAAAAUAUACAUCUGUGCAUUAUCUGAAAUUUAUACGUGAAUAUUUAUUUUCCUAAAGCGAAAUCGAUUCAUUUGCCCAUUUACAUGAUUGAAAAAGUGGGAAAAGCAAACGUUUACUAUCGAGAAUAUUAACAAUGUUGCAUAUAAAAUUAAUAAUAUUAUA